AUGAAGAAAAUGAUAAGAAUGCCGAUACAGGCACCACAGUGGACUGAAUUCCUGUCGUGUCCAAUCUGUUGCCAUGACUUUGACGUGGCUAUACGAGGUCCCAUAUCACUUGGCUGUGGCCACACCAUAUGUCGUGCUUGCUUGGCCAAUUUACACCGCAAGCAAUGUCCUUUCGAUCAGAGCAUUAUCAACACCGACAUCGAAAAAUUACCUGUAAAUGAGGCACUGUUACAAUUACUGGGCAAUCCGAUUGUUGCUUCAUCAACACCUGCAUCGAAUCAACAGCAGAAUUAUCAGAAGCUUCUGCCAGCCGAUCAACAUGUUAAUUACCUGAGGGCUAAGAAUUGCAUUGAAGAACUUGCUCUUUAUCUUAAACCAUGUCAAAUUAGUAAUACUGCAGGCAUCGGAAGCGGAGGUGGAGGAUUGGUAUCACGACCCAUGCAACGCAAAUUGGUGACGUUAUUAGGUUGUCAAUUAGUCGAACCAGAAGGUAGAGCACGUGCAUUGCGUGCUGCUCGUAGUCUUGGUGAGCGCACCGUCACAGAGCUUAUACUACAGCACCAGAAUCCUCAACAACUCAGCGCUAAUCUUUGGGCGGCCGUGCGUGCACGUGGUUGUCAAUUUCUUGGACCAGCGAUGCAAGAGGAAGUUCUCAAACUUGUGCUAUUGGCUUUGGAGGAUGGCUCUGCUCUGUCACGUAAGGUAUUGGUGAUGUUUGUAGUACAGCGUCUGGAACCACAUUUUCCUCAAGCUAGUAAGACCAGCAUUGGACAUGUGGUGCAGCUUUUAUAUCGGGCGAGUUGUUUUAAGGUAUCAAAGCGCGAGGGUGACUCAUCUCUAAUGCAAUUAAAAGAAGAGUUCCGUACUUAUGAAGCUCUAAGACGGGAGCAUGAUGCACAGAUUGUACAGAUAGCCACCGAGGCAGGCUUGCGUAUUGCACCUGACCAAUGGUCAGCGUUGCUCUAUGGCGAUACUGCUCACAAAUCUCACAUGCAAAGCAUCAUUGAUAAAUUGCAGACACCACAAUCGUUCGCCCAGAGUGUCCAGGAGCUUGUAAUAGCGUUGCAACGUACACCGGAUCCUGGACAACUGAGCGGUCUCAGGCCACAGUUGGAAUUAUUAGCUGCCAUCGAUCCCAGUCCAGAGACAGAGCCACCAAGCUUGGCUGAAUGUCGAGCGGCUCUAGAAGCCGUGAGAAUAGUAGUGGCUACGUUAGUGGAUUUCGUUCGACAACAUGGAAACAAUGGCACAUGCGGUAACAAUCGGAAAUCAGUGCCGCAGGAUAGUGGAGGUGGCGGUCCCAUUGGGAGCUCAUGUCCAGGUACAGCGACCAGCAAAUACAAAGUCAGCAUGUGCAGAGAUUUAGCCCUGCGCGGCACUUGCCCACGAUCCAACAAUUGUACCUUCGCUCAUAGCGACACCGAGCUUGAUAAGUACAGAUCAAAAAAUCGUAAAUUAAGUGUCAGAGCAAAUUCAAAUCAGACGGAAUCGAAGGGUGAGAAGAACAACAAGAUUUUUAAUAAGCAAAACGGUGAUUUAACGACUUACCAUUCCGUAAAAGCACAUGACAGUGAUUACUUCAGAUGGUCCACCCUACAGAUGAAAAGAUUCAUCGGACAAAAGGUAAAAUCAAUUUCCGUGAUAUGGAAUACGAACACGGCACGUGUCACCACCAGUUUAGGACCCUACUGUGAAAAAUGGACAACAUUGGAUGUUGAAAAUCCAGAAGAUAAGAAAAACACGAUAACGUUCAAUUAA